GAACCCCUGGAUUGGGCGGCCACCAGGGCGACGGCUGAGAAAGCUAUCUUCGUCGCCGAUUGGCGGGGCGUCGAGGUGGCGCGGACUGCGCUGGACGCCGCGCGGCGAGCCAUCUCGGACGCGAUGGAGUUGGAGUUACAGAGUCGACGACGUCCGCGUCUGGGUUGGGUGGAUCUGCUCAACGCAAAUCAGCGACUGGCGGUGCAGAUGGCUUCGAUGGUUGACCAGUCCGAAGCGCAGGCCGCGCUGCACCUCGUUGAGAUUGGUUCCCAAACCUUCGAGGCCGAAGGGGUUUCGGCUAGGCUCGACCUCGCUGUGGCCAAAGCUUGGCAGGUGGUGGCCACGUGGCCUCGCUCCCUUGAAGGACUAGCCGGCUGGGUCGACCAGUUCGCCGAACUUCAGGAGGAAUUGGAGGGGGACCUCUCGGAGGCGAGGGGAAGCCAUGACGGGAUUGAUAUGAAGGAGUAG